UUGGUUGAAAGCCGCGCCUGCUUCGCUCUCUGUGGAACCGGAGGCUGAUCGCGGGGAGAAAGGCAGCCUAUCAGCAGAAAAAGAACCACCAUGUGAACAAAGGGUAUAUAAGAAGGGACACGAAAGCGCAGACUUGUCAGGGUGAGAACUUAUCUGAUUAUCUCACCACCUCUGGGGCAGCGUUUUCAGGGCUCGGCAGAGAGCGAAUGGACAGAGCCGGGAGAGGAAUAGGACAGUCCCUCCAACGGUAGCAGACACGUAUACCAUGCCGACGAGUGAUGGCCCCAGCAGGUUCCCUGUCUUUGUGCCUCCACCUCAGGGCAGCCAGAGGUGCCCAGGUUAUGUCCCCGGGCGAGUGGCUCCAGUCCGCUCGAUGCCACAUGCCAAAACGCCUCCGCCUCCACCGAUAAAACCUCAUGGCCCACCACUGGGGCGACAAACAAGGGUCACCUUGUCAGAAGAGAACCAGUGUAGGGAGGAUGCGCAGAGGCUCCAGCAAAAGCUAAGAAAGAAGACUCUGAUCUGCUGUGGAGUGUCGCUGGGGGCUUUCUUCCUCACGCUUAUCCUUGUCCUUAGCCUCCGUAGUGGUCCUGAGUUAGAUGAGAAUUGCCCAGAUCACAACCCAUCUCUCAGUAACUGGAAUCCAGGUCACCAACCACAGCGGGCUGUCAUUGUCAGGAGAGGAGAUUUGUUUAGACUGGAUGCUUCUGCUACCUUACGCUCACUUACCAUCCAAUCAGGAGGUCGGGUAGUUUUUGCAGACAGCCAUGACGGCUCCAAAAACAUAACCUUGAGAACACAUCACAUCCUCAUAGAAGAAGGCGGCGCCCUUCACAUCGGUUCGCCCAAAUGUCGCUACCGUUCCCGUGCCACCAUUGCUCUCAUGGGCCGUUCUGACAGCGAGGCUGUCUCCGAGGUCCCCGCUUUUGGCCGCAAGUUCAUUGGUGUGAAAGCCGGCGGAACUCUGGAGGUACACGGGACUGAGAGAGUUUCCUGGUCUCUGCUAACCAGAAGCAUCCCGGCGUCUGGGGUGGCCACGGGGGGUUAUGCCUUCCAGCGAAACUUCAGCCGAGGCAUCCACCUGCGCGUGGUGGACCAGGACACGGCUGCUCUGCUGUUCUCCGAACGCUACGACACGUAUGAUUCCCGCAACGACAGCCAGCGGCUCGCCCAGCUGCUUCGCUCCCUGCCAGUGGGCCGAAUUGUCACACUCGCUGUGGGAGACUCUGCCGACAGAAAUCUUGAGCAAGGAACCAGGGAGGUCAUCAACGAGAAACUCGGCAGCAGAUUUGUUUGGCAUCUCCAGUACAGGCAGGCGUGGGCUUUGGUUUCCGUGAUAGGCGGUGGAAAUGCAUCAUGCUCGGAGGAUGUUAGGGAACACGAAAACCAUGACACAGGAGGAAGAGCUCUGGCAAGACGGAACUUCACCACUGUUAAUGGAGUGGGUUUCUCGGUCACUGCCUAUAGCGAGUGGAAGACCGGCGUCCCUACUGCAGGCUUCCAGGUGGAUGCUGUGGACCAGGUGGUGCUAAACCUGCAGGAUGAAGUGAAACAGACAUGGCUACCAGGGGAUCGCAUCGUAGUUGCCAGCACGGACUACUCAAUGCACCAGGCUGAAGAGUUUACCCUUCUGCCCUGCCCUCAGUGUAACAGCCGACAGGUCAAGAUACAAGGGAAGCCUCAGUAUAACCAUACCGGAGAGAUCAUAGAUGGCAUCGACAUGCGCGCCGAAGUGGGUCUCCUAUCCAGAAACAUUCUCAUUUAUGGAGAAAUGGAAAACUCCUGCUACGGAGACAACCUGUGUCAGUUCUACAACCACGACACCUUUGGAGGCCACAUCAAGAUUCUCAGUAACUUCUCGUCAGUGCAUCUGUCCUACGUGGAGUUAAAGAACAUGGGUCAGCAGGCGAAAAAAAGCCGCUACCCCCUCCACUUCCACAUGUGUGGGGAUGUCGACCAGAAGGGAGGCUACACGGAGCCCACCUAUGUGGACGGACUCUCCAUACACAAGUCCUUCUCCCGCUGUCUCACCAUCCACGCCACCAACGGCCUGCUGGUCAAGGACACUAUAGGCUACGACACCUUGGGCCACUGUUUUUUCCUUGAGGAUGGGAUCGAGCAACGCAACACUUUCUACCACAACCUUGGCCUCCUGACCCGACCUGGGACUCUGUUACCCACCGAUCGCAAUGAGACCCUCUGCCUCAGCAUCAAGGACAAAGUCUACAAGGGCUACACUCCCUCACCCAGUACAGAGUGCAAGGCAGUCUCAACAUUCUGGAUCGCCAACCCCAACAACAACCUCAUCAGUAAUGCAGCAGCUGGUUCUCAGGAUGCUGGGAUUUGGUUCGUGUUCCACAGCUCUUCCACAGGUGACUCCCAUGGCCUGGUACCAGAGACCAAGGCCGAGCUCACACCUUUGGGGAUUUUUUACAACAAUCGUGUACACUCCAACUUUAAGGCAGGGCUGUUCAUCGACAAAGGAGUGAAGACCACCAAUGCCACUGCUGCUGACCCCCGGGAAUACCUAUGUUUGGACAACAGUGCCAGAUUUCGCCCACACCAAAAUGCCGACCCUAGUCGCCCUCGGGUGGCAGCUGUCAUCGACACUCUGAUCUCCUUCAAGAACAACGACUUGGGGGCGUGGAUACGCGGUGGAGACAUUAUCAUCAAGAACUCUGGCUUUGCCGACAAUGGAGUGGGAUUGUCCUUUGCCAGUGAUGGCAGCUACCCUAAAGAUGAAGGCUCCAGUCAGGAGGUGACGCAGUCCCUGUUUGUGGGCGAGAGCCGUAACAGGGGGACGAAUGGAGGACAGAAUAAAUACUGGGGCGUGGGAGGAAUUGACGGAAAGAUGAGGACGCUACCUAGAAACAGGACGUUCCCAAUCCGAGGUUUUCAGAUCUACGAUGGCCCAGUGCGGCUUACACAGAGCACAUUUCGUGGCUUCGCCCCCUUAAGCGAAACAAAUAAACGCACAACAACCACACCAGAACGAGCUACGCCAGAAAACACCACGCGUCAUACCAGUGCAGUGGGAUUUAACUUGAAGAACACCUGGCAGCUCACCCCUCGAAACAACCUGUCCCAGCUCAGUUUCCACUCCACAGUGCAUCUUCGGGCAUUCUUUGGACAACCUGGAGAGUGGUUUGAUGAAAACAACCUGGACGGUGACAAAACCUCCAUCUUUCACGAUGUGGACGGCUCAGUGACGGGCUACAGUGACACCUACGUUGGCCGAGCAGACAACUACCUGAUCCAACAUCCUGGCUGUGUGAAAAACCUGAAGUGGAAUGGAGUGAUAUGCAGCGGCCGCUACUCUCAGGUGUACAUCCAGACCCAAGGAGCCCCUAGCCUGAGUUUAUCCAUCAGCAGAGAUGAAUACCCUAAUUCUCCUCUGUUACUGAGGGGGAUUAACAGCCAGGGGGCGUCGUCCCAGCAGUACCAGCCCAUCCUGAUGAUGAGCAAGAGCUACACUCUGCACUGGAGUGGGCCUGCGCCCAGAGAAAUGGUCCUCUCUCUCAUUAACUUUGAUAAGGAUGACUGGGUGCUGGUGGGACUCUGUUAUCCGUCAGACACCACUUUUCAGAUUAUGUCCGACACAUACGACAGGCAAAGCAACAUAUUUGAUGACAUCACAGACUACGGCACCGUGUUAUCCUUCUCAGAGCUGCAGAAAAAGACAAUGGAGAGGAAGUACUACUUUGACCAGACUGCUGGCUUAUUGUGGCUCUACCUUCGGGCCCGGCAUGGUCGUGAUGGUCACAGCUACUGUUCUGUUAAAGGCUGUGAAAGAGUGAAGAUCACGGCCACUACAUCCUCCAAAGAGACCUGUAACUGUACAGCCAAAGCUUACCCCAAGUACGCCAAGGCUCCCUCAGUCGUGGUGCCUAUGCCGGCUCUAAACACGCAGCCCUGCAGAGACUGCGGUGCUAAACAGCUUGUGUUUUCCAGUGAGCCAUGGACCUCCUACCUCCAGACUCAAGUGAAGUCUCUCAGCGUUAAAGAGCAGCAGCGAGGAGAUAACGUCUCCUUGAUCACUGUGAAUGAGAUCACCAUGUCCUUCUCACAGCCGGGGUUUUUCCUGGUCUCAGUGGAUGCCUGCUCUGGAAAAGUCACCAAGAAAACCUCAUUUAGUAAAGUGGAUAAAAAGAUGGAAACAUACCUAAAAAGUGGCAUACCAAACAGGUCAAUAGUCCUCAUGGCAACACGGGGACAGUCGGGGGAGCUGGUCAAUAUCGCACCACAUCUGGUCUCUCUUGGUGUGGCCAAAGCUCCUGAUCUGCACAGUAAAGAGAGUCUGGCACUUUGGGGCUUCCGAGGUGGUUCCUCAUCUCCUUUUUGGGUUUCACUACUGGCUGGACAAGGCGAUGACGUCUUAGGGCUGGAGGAGCGCUACUUGCCUCUGGGCUUGGAGAUGUAUGGCUGUCCGCGACCUGCAACUCAAAAACGCAAAGACCUAGAGCUUCUGAAAAUAGUCACAGGACAACAAUAACCAAUGUGAACUGAACAUGUUACCUAGCCGUAAUGCUCUUGCACACAGAUACACAAACACACAGCCAUUUGAUGAAUGUGAACUGCUGAACCUUUAAUUUAUUAACGAUGACAAAGAUGUUUACUGCUUUCAAGAGGAAAGAAAGUGGGUUUUUUUUUAUGAAUGGAAUGAAGUUUUUGUGCGUGUGUGCGCGUGUGUAUGUAUGUGUCAGUAUGCCUUUGGGCCAUGAAGUCAAUGCACUUUCCUUUUUAUACACACACAACCUGCCUUACCAGCCAGAGUGACGUAAUAGAGCUUUACAGUAACACAGGAGAAGAAACAAACCCGAAGCAAUCCUGCAAGAUCUACCUACCUGUCCUAUUUAUUGUGCAGUAAUUGACUCUGAACACAGAACCCAAUUCAUUGCAUACACAGAUCAAAAUUUAAUUAUGAGAAUAAAUGACUUUGAUUUGACGUGAAAGCGAAAUAAGAUGGAUUUGAUGUGCUCAGGUCGAAAGGAAGUGAUAAAAACAAAUGUCAUUGCCUCUGAGACGUGGAUGGCAGUAUUAAGCCAAAAACCGUUGUUAAUGUUUUUUAGUGGCAUUGGUGAUUAAUACUGCAAAUCUCCUUUAAAACAUAACCAUAACAAGCCAUAUUCAUAUCGAAAUAAUCAUGUAGAUGCAUAAUAAUAAUGUGCGUAAAAUUUGACUGUUUUUGGCCUUUCUUGUGUACAAAAAACCCUUAAAAAUAACCGACUUCUGUGCAGGUGACUCCUUUUAUAUUUGACACGUUGCAAUAGAUUCUCUUUAACUGGAAAACCUCCGAAUCUCGUGCAGCUCUACAUCUGAGAUCUUUAAGCACCUUUUUAUGGAUUUCUUUACAGACUCACUGCAUCUCGUUUUUCCUCCUCAUGUUUGUAUUUGUCUUUUCACAGUGAUGGUGUGUCGGCCACAAAUACUUUUCCUCUAUUUUUUGUUUUGUCUUCUCAAACAGAAAUGAAUGUUUUACCUUUCAUCUGCCUCAUUCAUGUGCAUUAUUGCCAAAACAGUAUGGUGACAUAUAACUCUAGGUUGCCUUUUCCUUUUUUUUUUUUUUUUAAGUUUGUAUCCGUGCUGUACAGCAGUGACAGUAAAUGCAUCAUAUUUUAGCUGUAAAGGUUAUACGGCUUUAUUUUGAGACUAUUUUAAUCUUUACCGGCUGUAUUGAUGUGAGCAGGGCUCCCCCACUGAGCGAUGAUGAGUAGUUGUGACUGUGUGAGUAAAUGUCUGAUCAUGUAAGGUGAAGGGAUGACCUCGCUGCCUUUUAACCACUCUACUGUUAAAAAGAGCAAAAGACCGAGAAAUGGGUUCAGUCCCUUUGCCUUUUCCUUAAGUUGAAGAUUCAUUGAGCACAAGUGAGUUGUUUGUUUUGUUUUUCUUCUUAAGAUUAGGGGUGAACUUUGUAAAUAAGAUGUUGAACUGUACAUGUAAUGGAAAGUAGACUCCCAUUAAUGUGUAUUUUAUUUUAUUUGUUUCUUAUUAAUUGAUAAAUGAUUUGGAAAAAGACAUCUUUCCUGCAAUUUGUUAUGAAAUUGCCAAACAAAUAAAGUUGUGUUUUGUUUUA